UUUAAACAUUUUCCAUAUAAGUUGUUGUAUGCACCGCAUAAAAUAAUUUCAUCCGUUCUGUCCAUAUGUCGUGAAAGAUCAAAGUCCUCUCUUUCCAGGUAUCAGUGAUCAACAAUGGCACACCCAUCUUGGAUGAAAGGAUCGUCCGCAUUUCCAAGCCCAGUGCUUCAGAUAUUCUUUGAUACCAUUGAAUUUUUCAUCCGUCCAUUUAUGUGGUGUCUUACAGGAACUUUUGGACCUUUUUUGCCUACAACUAAAGAACUCAAGCAUCCGAAAUAUCUAAUUCUACAGAAAUUAUUUUUUGUUCCAAUUUAUGCUGCAGGUGCUCUUUUGUUGUUACUACCUGUGAUAGUUGCUUUUCUAUUUAGAAAUAUUUUACAUCAGUUUAGGCGGCCAUUUUGUCUCUCCGUUCAAAAGGACAAAGCUGUUGCAAGUCCGAAGUCAACAUAUUCCGUAGCGACUAGCAACCUUUGUCUUAUGCCAGAGAUAUUUUCGAAAUUUAACAAUCUUGACAAAACGGCAGAAAGAGCCGUUAAAGUCGGCGAGAGGAUAGUAAUUGAUCAGCUUCAUUAUACGGACAUGAUGGAGAAAUUUUUGAAAAAAUCGGACCAUACUAUAAGAAACGGUGCUAUUUACUCACAUGAACACAGUGGAGUACAAACAAGAAGUAUGGACAAAUCGAAAAACCUAAACAGUUCACAAAAUCGAGAUUCUGACGUAAAAGUGGACGUUGUUGCGCAUUUCCCGCAACUUGACUUCUUAUGCCUCCAGGAGACAUUUGAUCGUGAUUUUACAAAGUUGCUAGUGUCGGAACUUCAUAAAGUUUAUCCUUGGAUAGUAUAUGAUGUUGGGUAUAACAGUCCAAGGUUGAAUUAUUGUGGUCUUAACAGUGGAUUGAUGUUUGCCAGUCGAUAUGAAAUUUUAGAAAUAAAGUUUAAACCUUUUACAUCAAGAUGUGGAUUCUGCACCAUAGUUGGAAAAGGUCUCUUAAUGGUUAAGGUUUGCGUGCAGAAGAGGACUAAUGGAGGAAAUGAUGUUGGAUUUAUUUUUGACACCCACCUACAAGCUUUUCAGGGAGAUAAUCCAGUAGUUUAUCAUCAGCUGACAGAGAUUUUAGAUUGGUCGUCAGAAUUUAGAGAGGAGACAAUAGAAAGUGGAGAUAAUGUAUUAUUUGAUAUGCUGUGUGGAGAUUUUAAUAUAGAUAACAUGUCACCAGGAGAUGUGCAUAUAUCAGAUCAUAAAUUGUUUGAAACUUAUGUUGAUAUUUGUCGAGAAAAACCAGGGAAGGACUAUGAUUGGACUGUGGGAACAGAGUUGAGAACACCUUUGUUACAUGAAGAGGCUGUCAGUACACCUGAGGGCCUUAAAACUGUUUUGGAGGACCCUUACUUAAGACAGUAUUACCUUAUAGACGCUGAUAUUGAAAGUGCUACGAUGGAUGCAAUCUAUAAUGCCCCUUUGAAGAAAGAUGCCCAUGGAAAUUUGAUUUUGUCACCUGUGGGUGGAAGAAGGAGAAUUGAUGUGGUAUUGUACAGAAAAGAAAGUCCCGUGAAGAUACAGAAUUACAACAUUAUCACACGUCUGGCGCCAUUGACUGACCACAUUCCAGUUUCAGUGACUUUCAGUUGUGAUAACUAAUUGAACGUGUUCUUAGAUAAUGAAUAUCCAUGCUUGUUCCUGCCUUACAACAUUCCUUUUUCAAGAACCUUCAUUGACAUUAACUUACUGUACCAGAACAUAUUCCUGAAUUAUUAAUUUUUUUGCCCCUAACUUAAGUCUUUUUUGUAUAAGCUUUGUUUGCUGGUUUUUCUAUAAUUAACUCGUAUCUGUAUCGAAAAUAUCCACUUACUGUCCGCAGUAGACUAAACCCCAGUAUCAACAACAUUUUCUCUUCUUUUUAGUCCCUAAUUUUUUCACACUUAUCCGUAUCGUCAACUAAUGGCCCUUAGCUGAAUUAUAUGUACAAAUGUAAUAUAAGUAGGCCUUGACGUGGGAUUUCAAGUAUGUUAGUUUGCUGUUAAGAGCAUUUCAUUUAUAAAGCAAAGAUAUUUUAACCAAAAAAAAAUGACAAUAAUAAAUGCUCUCUUAGUGUUUUAACUCAGAAUUUCUUUAUUUAAAAAAAAAUGUAUCACAUUAGUCAUAAGUACCAGUUACUUUUAUAUUUUUCUCCCAAAUUUUUCUCAUUAAAUUUUCCAAUACCAGCAACUCUUUUUUCUUAAAGGAUUACUCGGGCAAAUUAAUGACAAGAUAUCAAAAUGAUUUAAUGUACUCCAAUUAUGAAAACAUGACAUUUGUUUUAAAGCCGAAGCAUGAAUUUAGGUAUAAAUUCUAUAUUUUUGGGGUUUGAUUUGAAAUAUAUCUAGAUACAUGUAUAUUGAACUAUAUCUAGAUAUAUUGAAAGAAAUGUAGACGUCAACAGAAUCAUCGAGUUGUUUUAAAACCAUGUUACUUGAACAAACCAUGGAAGUUACAAUAACAGAUAUUGUGGAUAUUGUAUGAUUGAAACAUUAGUCAAAGUCAACAUGUUUUUUAACGUUUCCAGAGUUCACUGUGGCAACUAUUGUGAAAACUAAACGCUCUAACCUGACCACCUGACCCAAGUUAGGAAACCACCAUUUUAUUCUUUAUAAAGAGUAAAGUUUUGUCCCUAUGUCCGUAGUGUAUUUAUUUUACGAACAUUAACAGAAUAAUGAAUGAAAAAAUCAAAAU